GAAGCCCGUAAAAGGUGUAAACUGCAAGAAAUUAAUGAACAAUUAAAUGAUAUAGAUUAUAAACAAUUGAAGUUUACUGGUCAAAUGAUAAAAAAAUUCAACGAAUCAACUGUAUUAGAAAAAAAGCAUUCUAUCUUAAUUUCUGAGAUUGAACAAUUACCUUCAAAGCAAAUAACUGCUACCACCCAUUUGUUUGAAAAAAUGCGUUAUUCGCAAGGUUCUAAUAAGGGCGAAAUUUUGUCACCUCAUCUUCAAAUUAAAGCUUUAAAUUAUAUUGAUCAAAAUUUUUAUAAGCCAAGUUGA